CGAAGCCCCGUCCACCACCCCCAAAAUUUCCCCUUCCUUCGUUGGCGCGAUUCCUUCCCGCUUGUGAGCUCGGCGAAAUGCCGCAAUGGCGCACCUGCCUCUUCCUCCUCCUUGCACUUCUUGGUUUCAUGAGUUCCCACCCACUCCUUAUCAUGUUCCCUCCUCCGGACCUCCUCUUCGCAGAGGUUUUCCUGAUGCUCGUCCUCGCCGCAGCCGGAGACUGCGGGCACUGCGUCGCCGAUAGGCGGCGGAAGCGGCGGCGCGCGCGACACACUCCAGCGCGCGCCUCCGCUACAGGCCCUGGACGCCCACCAGCGGGUCCAGGGCAACCGGCUCGAUCCUCUGCUGGGGAUGGUCGUCGUCUCCUCCUGCGGCUGCAUCAACACGCGCCGCAUCGACGACCUCCUCCCGCUCCUGCUCCCCUGCGUGGGCGAGCAAACCUCCGACCCCCGAAUCUCUUCGGCUUCCUCCCGCGCCCGCUCCGACGGCGCAGCCGCGGACGCGGAGGAGAACGAGCCCGAGGCGUCCGCGGGGAGGAGCACGCAGGUGCUGCUCGCCGCGGCAGCAAGUGGCGGGCGCGGCGGCCCCUACGGCCGCCGCCCGUCGUCCUCCCAUGGAAGCUGCGCCCCCUGGAACGCCGGCCCCCUCAUCGCGCACCGCCCGGCGACCCCGUCGCCCGUAUGCUGCCCCGUCGUCGCGUCACAGCAGGAACAAGAGCAAGGGAGGUUACCAAUGAGAGCCACUGAUGCUGUCAAUGAAUGGAGAUUGCCUAAAGUAAGUGAAGAGGAAGAUGACGCAGUAGAUCAGAAGGACUGUUAGGAUGAUACUAUGUCAUGUAGUGUGUCCUCAGCUCGUGAUUGGAACUUCUGGUCUGAUAGUGUCUAUGAGGGCCCUGCGAUGAAACAUAAGGAAAAUGCUGUCCACGCCAAGUUGGUUGCCUGGAAGGAUUCACAGAUUGUAAAGCUCAUAUACAAGCUGAAUCAGAAAGAUCGAUGGCAGAAGAACAAGAUUGCACGGCCAGGGAUCAGGGAUGAGCUUACAGAAACUGAGGAACAAGAGCAAGGGAGGUUACCAACGAGAGAGGACUUGGUCAAGUGUUUCUCUAUGCCACGAAACAUCCGACUACAGACUCCCAGGCACCCUUCUCUGCCGGAUAUGAGAGUUGACGGAUCCAAUAGAGGGCCUCCAAAAUUCGUCCACAAGGCCACGCCAGCUAGAUUGAUGCGCCGAGCUCGCUCCUCACAUAAUUACCAUGGGAAGCACAUGGAAGCAAUUGAUGCUGUCAAUGAAUGGAGAUUGCCUAAAGUAAGUGAAGAGGAAGAUGAGGCAGUGGAUCAGAAGGGCUGGCAGGAUGAUACCAUGUCAUGUCGUGUAUCCUCAGCUCGUGAUUGGAACUUCGGGUCUGAUAGUGUCUAUGAGGGCCCUGCGAUGAAACAUAAGGAAAAUGCUGUCCACGCCAAGUUGGUUGCCUGGAAGGAUGCACAGGUUUCAAUGCUCAUUGACAAAGCACUUAUGAUGUUACUUGAAUCAACUAGGCUGAAAGCCCAGAUCGAUGAAUGGCAGAAGAAUAAGUUUGCAUGGGCCAAGGAUAAACUGGCAAAAACUGAGAAGAAGUUGGAGAAGCAAAGAACUGAAACCGUAGUGAAGAUGCAAAAGGCGAUAGAAGAUGCAGAGAGGAAAGAUGAUAUGAAGAGUCAAGAAGAGGCAGCCGCCAAGAGUAAGAUAGCUGGUUUCGAGAGAGCCCUUCAGAUGAUGCCUAGGGCAGGAAGGCAGGCCGAUUGUCAAAUACUACUGAAGGGACCGUAUACUGUAUAGAAUGGCGGUUGCCAUAUAGUACUAACCAAAGGAUGAUAGAAGUUUCAGGUCAUGGAACGCUUGGUCAGCAUUUUAACACACACUGUUGUAGUUCUCCCCAUUGGAGAACUUGUAAUACUACUCCCCAUUGGAGAAUUUGUAAUACUACUCCCCAUUGGAGUAGCAAGUAACCUGAUGUUGUUGGUACAGCUACCGAAAAGGACAGACAACAUUUUGUUUUCCUCAUUGACAGCAUUUAGGUCAUGCCAUACAUAGUCAGCAUUCCUUUUCUCCCCAUUGGACAACAUGUAUAUACUAGUACGCUCUUGUUGUGGACAAAUCAUUCUUUUUCUCCCAUUGGAGAACAUGUAUAUACAUUGGCUUAAUCCUAAUUGCAUCUCCUUUAUCUUUU